UCUUCUCUUCGUUUGGUUUUGUAUUACUAUGGCCACUCAAUCCCCCUCUGGUCCAACAUCCUUGCCGUCUUCUUUAUCUCGCCGCCAUGUAACUCAAGACUUGAUCAAUCGGUAUGUGUUUCUGGGAGGACCUCAUUACAUGAUCCGCCGUCUGAUCACUGAUCUUGCAGCNUUUUUUGUACAACUAUACCAUGGAUGUGGCACUACGACAUGUUCGACACCACUUUGCGCGACCGCAAGGUCCCAUCGCUCGUCCCCACCACUGCGUAGCUAUACUGCUGUCAGUGCUCGCACCAUGGCAAUCGUCUUGGCCUCAUCAGAAGAUGCAUACAACAGUCUCUGCCCGAACCUUCCGAGUCAGCUCCCUACUAUUACUGCCACUCUUCAGGACAGGGUCGACCACAAAUCCAUCAUGCAGCAACUAUUCAAUUCUGAAUCACUUAGGAACAUUCAUAUAAUCGAAGAUGCAUACUCAUCGAAGUCCGUAGACGGCGAGUCUGGCAUUGAGACCUCGUCUUCUGAUCCGAUGUCUUGCGAUGACUUGACCAAAUUGUGCGAUACCGCACGUAACACUCGUUCCGCUAUACUGCCUUUGAAGCAAGACGACCAACUUGCCUGUCUCUCUUCGAGAUUACGCUGCCUGUUCUCCAGCUUCUUAUCUUUUGCGCACUCCUUCUCCGACAAUCCUAUGGAUAUUCUGCCAGGCUCAGCAACACACCACUCCACAAUGUAUUGUAUCAAACUUCAUCGUGUACUCGAGUCGGUGCAUGCGAUGGGUGAGGACAUCUCCGCAAUCAUUUUUGACUCAAUAUGGGAAGCUCUCGAGCCAGUGUUUGAAAGCCCUUUUGAUUCAAAGCAUUCAGAAUCGCGAGCCUUUCAGACAUUUCCAUCUGAUACCAAGGGCUCACAAGUCCCGAGCGUAGUGCACUAUGCCAUUCACGCGCUUACUUCUUUUGUACCACAGGCCUCGAGGGACACUUGGCACACUGUUUGGUCAGCAACUGUUAACGGCAAGGCAUAUGGUAAGCAGAAGCAUUCGCAAGCCGAUCGUGUCAGUUCACCUUGGUUGUCAGUUCUUGAUACAUUUGAGCAAGAGCCUGCUUUGCGUAUGGCAAGACGCCUAGUCCGGGCAAUUGGUGCCAGAACUUGCCUUGAAGAAACAUUGAGCGCUUGUGAUGCGAAUAACGCAAAGCCGGAUCCGCGACUACAAAUCUGGAAGACUGAUUGCAGGAUCAGAGAAUCCGUUAUCGAUCUACUAGUUAAAGAGGAGCAAAGUAUACGGUUAGCCACAUUCAAAACCAGGUAUAGAGACGAUUUGCGACACGGUGGCGAACUUGUUGGCACUACGUCUCUCGUUUGGCUUGAGUGGUUACGCAAGUGUUUUCUCAAAGAAUGGGAUGGCUCUUUGCGCAUCAACAGAUGGAGUGUCGCUGGUUCGGCACUUGAACUGAUUGAUGAUCUUUGGAAACAUCGUGGUCGAGGGCAACUGGAUAUGCCUGCAAACCUGUUCGCAUGUUCCACCGUAUUUGACACUCUCGAUGUUGACAAGGCAGCACAAGAUUGGUUAUCGUACAAGCCAAGUCCUAACUUCCAUCAUUUGCUAUCAUUCAAAUUCUUGUUUGACACAAGAGCAAUGACUUUGCUGGUCCGCACAUCCCACCACAUCUUGAUGCGACACGCCUACAACGAAGCGGAUGCUGUAUUGCACUUACGUCGGAGAACAAUGCCUCAAGUGAAUUUACAAGACGUGGUAUACCUCGAUCGUCGUUUGAGAGCUGCCCAAGAUCAUUACAUCGUGUUGAAGAUCAACAGGCAAUCUGUACUGUCUGAUGCUUUUGACCAAUUGUGGCACAGAGAGAGACGAGAGUUGUUAAGACCUCUCAGAAUACGUAUGGGAAUGGAUGAAGGUGAGAUUGGUCAUGAUCUUGGAGGUGUUCAGAUCGAGUUCUUCAAACUUGCUUGUCAAGAAGCUUUCAAUCCUGCAUACUCACUCUUUUCUAUUGACCCUCAGACUCGCCUGGCGUGGUUUCAGCCUGCGACGAUGGUACCACUUUACAAGUAUCAACUGUUCGGCAUACUGUUUGCUCUGGCCGUUCACAACGGUAUUACCCUACCGGUUUCAUUCCCUUUGGUCUUUUACAANAAGCUGCUUUUCCAAUCACCUAGCGAAGCUGAUCUAAUCGAGGGCUGGCCAAGCCUGGCUAGAUCUCUGCAACAUCUCCAGAUGCAUCAAGGCUCUGUAGAAGAAGACUUCGCCCGAGAUUAUGUCUACAGUUUUGAUGCUAACGGCUUGCAUUUAGAUGUAAGUAUGGAUGAUCCUUGGGAUGGUUGGUCAAUUUGGGACAAGAUCAAAUCAGGUAAAAGCAUGAGCAUAGGGCGAAUGAAAGUGAUGCGCCAAUAUCCAGACAAGCACCAUCCGACGCCCAAUUCUACACAUACUGCUCAGUCUACUGCGCACAAGCUACCAAUUCCUGUGGACAACACGGACUCAUCAAAUGACCCGACGCAAUCUCAAAUCGACGCUCGUGGGUAUCAUCAAAGCAGGUUUGAGUGGCCUGGCUGGAAGGUCGAGGUCGCGAACCCUGGCGAGUUACCUCAACCAGUUACAAACGAUAAUCGCCAAAACUACAUUUCAAGCUAUUCUGCAUGGGUCGUGGACUGGUCUAUUCGCCCCCAAUUCAAUGCAUUCGCUAAGGGAUUUUACUCCGUCAUGAAUCUCAGACCUUUGACACUCUUGAAUGCCGACCAAUUCCGCACCUUAGUUGAAGGCUACAACCAUCUUGAUAUCAACGCCUUGCAAAAAGCCACCACCUACAAUCACUAUACAGCCACCUCUCCAGUCGUUCGUUGGUUCUGGGAGGUGGUCAAGUCCUAUCCUCAAGAAAAGCAGAAGCAAUUGCUCGAAUUCGUUACAGCGAGCAGUCGAGUACCCGUGAACGGUGCCGAGAGUCUCAUCUUUGUUAUUGAAAGGAGUGACUCUGAGACGAGCGCGUUGCCUGGAAGCAGCACCUGUUUUGGCACGCUCAGACUGCCUGAGUACGAGAGCAAGGAGGUUUUGGCGAGCAAGCUGGAUAUUGCAUUAGAACACUCUUUGGGGUUUGGACAAGCA